CGGCCUGCAGAUUUCUUCUCGUAGUCUUCUGCGCCUGCGCAAAGAGCGUGGGCUCUCGGGAGCGGUUAUGUUGUGGCGGCGGUUGCUGUAGUGAGAAGCCCCACAUGGAGCCUCCCCCGGGCACAGCAGAGGAACCUGAGCUGAGACAUGUAGAAAAAGAUGUGUUAAUUCCAAAAAUGAUGAGAGAAAAGGCCAGAGAGCUAUGUUCAGAUAAGGUGCAAGCUUUUACCAAAUGCUGCCAAGAAUCUGGCUUUCUUAUGGUCGUGAAAUGUCAACAGGAAAAUGCAGCAUUGAAAGAAUGUCUAACUACAUACUAUAAUGAUCCAGCAUUUUAUGAAGAAUGCAAAAUCGAAUACUUGAAGCAAAGGGAAGAAUUCAGAGCUACUGGAAUUCCUGCUAAACAAAGACAACAGAAGCUUCCUACAAGCAUGUAGCUAAAUCCUAAAAUGAAGUUUGGAAAUUUACUUCAGUUAUCGACACGUUGAUUUGGUGGAAUAAGUAAGUUAAUUGAAUAAGCAGACUCAAUUUUGUUUAAAAAAAUCAAGUUGUCUGAGGCAGGAUUUGAUUGAAAUAAAUGUGUAUCAUGUUGUAUUUUGUGUAUUAGGAAUAAACUCUUUUAUGAAUGAAUCCAAAAUAACUAGGAUAUAUUUUUGACCUGCUCCAAGGGUUUGAGGCACUGUGGUGUAGCACAUUUUGAGUAAAAAGUUGUUAGACCAAUCCAUUCUUACUGAACGUUCUCCUGACUUACCCUCCAUCCACUAAUAUUCCUCUCUGUAGAAUUUAGAUUUUUUUGUAAUCAAAGGAAGACAUUUUGCUUCUGUUUACCCAAGGUAAUAAAUUCCAGCUAUUGUCUAUGUAAAAGAACAAUUUAA